AUGUGGCCUGGAUCUCCCGGGUUUGUCAAUUUUCUUGUAAAAUUUUAUUGAAUCGAACAUUCUGAAUAUGCUGGAAACGUAUGCUGCAAAGCAAUUAUUGAGCAGAUACAAAAUGAACCGGCGAUUUGGAGCAACACGACUUUGGCUCCGCCCACAUUCCCUGAGAGACUCCAGGCUCCCACCAAUUCUUGUACUCCUCUUCUUGUGUUCCUUGACUUUUUUGUUCUCUUUUGGUGCCUUUUUGAAAAAUCCAUAGGUGAUUCAUCAAGCAAAUGAUCUAACAAGGCAUUUUUAUUUUAAUAGGAUGCUCUCCCAUUUUAGUAAGAAACAGUUUCUACGCCGCCUGAUUUCUCUGGAACAGUUAGUAAUUUUAAGAAAGGGAAAGGGAAAAAGUUCAGAAGACACGUAUCCAAAGCAAACCGAAAGACGUAGCAAUCAUCCAAGUGCUUUUCCAACACAGAAACUGCGAUUUCUGCAUGUGCGUCAUGAAGAUAUAUGGCGUUUCAGGCGCUUCUUUCUUUCAUUUGUUGCUCUUAAGCUUGAAGAAACUCAAGUUUGAAAUAAAGCUGGGUAAAAGAAAAUUCAUGUGUCAUAAUUUAUCUCUUUUUGAAUAAUUCUACUCGGAGCCUUCCUGAAUAUGGAAACCUUGAGUGUCGAAAUACUCUCAUUUGAUUUGUUGCUUUUUAUAUUAUUACGAGAAGCUGGGAACGACGCCCAUCUGUCCAAUUCAUCUUGGGCCGCUCAUCUCGUUCUUUUCCAGCUAAGAUGUGAACGUAGGAAUAGCAAAUGGAUUAUUUGUAAAGUUUCAUGAAUGAAAAAAAUAACCUGAAAUCCAAAUUUUAUGUGAAGUUUUUUUCUGGACAAACAAUUUCGCCUCUGGGGUAAGGUCAGCUCGAACCGGCCAAAACGCACAAAACCGAUGGGAAAAUCGCAGAGAGUGUGCUUGAACCUAUUAGGAUUUUCUCAUAAAACUUUGAUCGUUUUCAUUCAUUUGUACUAGUUGUACCUGUACACGAAAAAAUCCGAAUCUGGAGUUUUCUUCAGCCGCAGCACGUCAGUUUCACGCGUUUUGCCCACUCGAAACUGCUUAUUUUCAAUUAUUUAUUCGUUCAAAAGGUUUGGACGGCGUCAAAAUAGCGCCUUGCUUUUUCGGAGAAAAAGAUGUGUUUCAAUAGUUUUGAGCAAGGCAACCGGGAUGGAUUUUCAGAUUAAAAAAAUAGUUUUUGAAUAUUGAAAAAGUAGCAGAACAUAGCUUUUUUUAAAGGAAAAAUUAAUCAUUAUUUCCUGUAAUAAUGAAAAGGAAAAAUUAGAGUGUGAGUAGUUCAAAAAAAAAAACAGCUGUCUUUUUUGAUGAAAUUAAAAGGAGAAAUCGCAUUAAUAUCAUCAAAACAACCUAUCAAGUUUUCAGAGAGCGAACGAUAUAUAUCUAUCUAGGUAUUGAAAAUGAAAGUUUUGUUCUGUGCACGCCCAAAAAUGAGAAAUCAUACGGGUUAUUAUUUCUUUUUUUGAUUUCCAUAGAGUAUUUUCGAUGAGAUCCUAGAGACUCGUAGAAGGCGUCGAUUUGCAGGACGCGAGGCGACAUGUUCUUCCACGCGACGCUGGCGCGGUCGCUGAUGAACGCCUUGUCGCUGCGCGGCGACGACGACCUCGUCGACCGUCUCAACUACUACUACACUCCGUUGGUCCUCUCUGUGUGCUGCCUUGUCAUCUCUGCCAAACAGGUCUUCAGCAAAACUUUCUUCAAAACGAUACAACCAAAUGAGUUUAUUAGUUUUGGAAGUUUCGAAUUGGUAGAAAUAUCCCGUUGUAAAGUUUGAUCUUACUAUACGUCAUUGCGGCUCCUUCCGUCGAUGAUGACUAUCCCUCAUUGACGUCGAGUUUCUUUACUUGACGGAUUUUUCGUCAUCCAAAUUAUAAACAAUAAGGUCAGAUCUUAAACAUUUAAAUUUCUUUUCAAAGGAUAUGCCGUUAACUUUUUGACUGCAUGAUUGGAUCCUCGCUUACUUAAAAAAAAUAGAGUUUAACGUAGCAAACCUUAUGCCCUCUCGAUAAUCAUGACCAUGAUAGACUUCCCACAUACAUAAUAAAUGUUCCAAAGCGAAAUACGUUGUUUUGUCGAGAAGAUCGCAGCAUUAGUGCUUGAGAAACUAGACAUCUUGAAACUUAUAAAUGUGGGUCUGUUGCAGUACGGAGGAACCCCGAUUGAGUGCUGGGUCAACCCCCACAGCCGCGAGUCCAUGGAGGAGUACAUCGAGUCGUAUUGCUGGAUUCAGGUUUUCGCUCACUUUCCGCAGAAAAGGAGAAGUAUUGUUACAGAACACAUACUGGAUCCCGAUGUACGAGAACGUGCCGGACGACCAUACGGCUCGCGAAGGUAAGUCUUCGCGAUAGAGUCUCACGACGUUGUCAAACAGAGAAGCAGAUCGGCUACUACCAAUGGGUGCCGUUCAUACUCAUCGCCGAGGCGCUCAUGUUCUCCCUGCCGUGCAUCUUUUGGCGUGUCGCCAGCUUUCAGUCCGGUAACCAUCUUCUUUGUCUCUGAAACUCUGUAUUGGUUCUUUUUAAAACUGAAAAUUAUAUUUGCGUGGUUUAAAGAUGCUAACGAAAAAUAAUUAGAAAAUGAGAUGGAAAAAAAAACGUUCAGUGUCUUUUGACGGCAAAAUUUCAGAGCAGUUCAUUCGAAUGUUAACUUCAGUAUUCAAACUUUUUCUGAUUUCAGCUAAACACUAUCUGAAGGUCUAACAUCCAAUAGUGCUUGCUGUAUUUUGUUUUCUUACUAAGGAACUUCAGGCAUGAACAUGCAGACGCUGAUCAACGCCGCCUGCGACACACAGGCCAUGAUCGACAACGCCGAAAGACAAAAGGUUGGCGAAAAAUGACUAGGAAACAAACAUUCCCAGGCGAUCGACGCGAUCACCUCAAACUUCGUCGACAACCUCGACCUGCAGUCGCCCAACGGCCGCAUUAAGGCUCGCGGCCUCAUUUCUCGGUUCAAGUGCUCCAAGUCAGUUUCGCUUCUCUCUCAAAUAUCUUCCAGCUUUUCAAUCGAUUCAGAAUUUUCGCCGGCCAAUGCAUCACGAUGUCCUAUGUGAUGACCAAAAUAAUGUACACACUGAACGUCGUGGCGCAGUUCAUCAUUCUCAACGCAUGCCUCAAGUCUCAGGACUACCUUUUCUUUGGCUUCCAGGUCAGCCUCUCCGAGCUAAAAGGCAACUGGUAUCCCGAUUCAGGUGUUGAGCGACAUCUUGUCGGGACGGCCGUGGACGGAGACAGGCCAUUUUCCGCGAGUCACUCUCUGCGACUUCGAGGUCCGCUACCUGGCCAAUCUUAACAGGUUUCACAAUUAUCCAAUCACGCUCUCAGGAAUUAUAUUCAGAUACACUGUUCAAUGCGCUCUCCUCAUCAAUAUAAUCAAUGAAAAGGUUUUCGCGUUCCUUUGGUGUUGGUAUAUGCUUCUCGGGAUUUUCACUACGUUAGUGUGAUUUCUUCCUGGUUGAGGCUUCAGUCGUUUUUUAGUUCUUCGGCCAUUUACUGGAUGACAAACGCAUUUAUCCAUUCUGAAAAAGUCGAUUACGUCCUGCGUUUCAUUCAAAUCGCAGAGUCCAGCGAGUUCAAACGGUCGCAAAAAUACGAAAAGGUUUCGAUUUUUUUUUUUGCAAUGAGGAGAUUUCCGAUUUGAGGACGCGACCGUUGAAAGACUCUAUACAGUAAUCUCUUUCGCUCCGCACCUUCUCGACUCUUUUGUCUCCAACUUUCUCAAAUCUGACGGGGUAGGUCUGAGCGCAGAGUCGGCCACCUCGCAAAUGGUUCAGGUGUUGAUGUUGAGGAUGAUGGCGAAUCACGCAGGCGACAUGGUCGUCGUCCAGAUCGUCCGCGCUCUUUGGCAGGAGUUUCGAGAAAGGUUUUUGAUAUAGGAGCGAUAUUUGCGGAUAUUUUCAAAAUGUGCACGGAAAACUAGACCGACUAGAAAUAUGCUCGGAUACAAAUUCAAAACAGAUUUUUGAGAAAUUUUCGCAAGGUUCACGAUGGCGGUCCUGGAAAUCUCUUCGCCAGCACAACCUAGUUUUUGAGAACCGACAUCUUUAAAUCUGAGUCAACAACACUAAUGUUUAAAAAACGAUUUUCGAGAUAUUCUAAUUCGAAAAGGAAGUUUUGCAGUGGCAAAGCUCUUAGGACAUGAGUCUGACACAUCAAAAAAUAUUGGCAAAGUUUCAGAACUCCAACAAUGUUUAAGGAUCUGUCUUGUGAAACACGUACAUUUAUAUCAUAAGAAGAAAAAAGAUUUUUAAUUUAUUUUCGACUCGCACCUGCCUAAGAAGCUUUCUACUACCAGUUUUCAGAAACUGGCGAGAAUUUGAGGAGUACGAAGAGAUGCGCGAGGCGGAACUUCGUCGGAAAAUGACUGGCAGGUAAGGUUUUUUGGAAGACAACUGACCGGAUUCAGAGAAAGAAUGGUAACGAUCGCGAACCCGGCAACGGGAGGAUUCAUCUCCCACGCCGUCGGUCCGGAGAAGACUAUGCUCUGA